CUGAAUGUAGGAAAUAUGAAUGACUGGCAGAGGAAAAGCCCUCUAGACUGGGAAACUUAUGUGAACAAAAUGGUGAAAGUUGCUGCAAUUGAGAAACAUGAAUAUGAAGGAUGGGUCUUAACUGUUGAUCCAGUUUCUGCCAGCAUUGUCCUUGCCACAUUCCUGGAGAAUGAAAAAGUGUCCAUAUCUGUUGUCUUGGGCCAUGCUGUCCAGGAGGUCAAAAUACUGAAAGAAGGGGACGAUGAAAUGAAGCAACGGCUUUCUGGCAUAUUUGCACCUGAAGAAAGUAAAGCUUACAGCCCAGAGGAACUUGAAAAGAGGAAGAACGACUUGAAGACUUGGCUAGAAACAAACCAUAUCCCUGUAACAGAGCAAGGUGAAUCAGGAAGAACACUGUGCGUGGCAGGGGUGUUGACUAUUGACCCACCGUAUGGCCCAGAGGAGUGUAGCAGUUCCAAUGAGAUUAUUCUGUCUCGGGUUCAAGGCUUGAUACAGGGCUAUCAUGAAAAACAACAGUGAUGUCUGCUGUUUAAAACAGUUCUCUUUAGGAAUGGGUCUACCCAUCCUAUUUUAGGUAUCAGUACUCACUAUUUGCAAAAAUGCUGGGUUUAGGUACUUGUUUGACUUUUGCACGUUAAGAAAGGGAUAAAACAAGCAGUAUAAACUAAAAGCACAAAGCAUUUUCCAUGCACUAUUUUUUAUUUUAUUAAAAGCAAGCCACUGUAUAAUGAUGAUGUAUUAAAACUAAUGUAUCAGUUUAAUAGGGUUUUUUGUAACAGUAUUGUGGAAGAUGAUAUAUGAUAAAUGUAAAAUGUGUUUUCCUCUGCCUUUAGAAUUUAAUUAAUCAAAUUCAUUAUCUAGUGGUGUAGGCAUGGUUAUUUGAACUGCUUAUCAGAUUGUUUUUUUUUCCCAAGAAAGACAAUUGUGAUACUUGGACUUCCCAAACUAGGUGAAAAAAUUAUUCAGAAAGUUUUUUUUAUGGUUUUUUUGUUUGUGUGGCUUUUUUUUUCCUCACAACCGUUCUCUGGUUUUAGAACAUGAAUUAUAAUGUAGAUCCAAGUUUGUAAAAUAAUUAGGGAAAGUCAGCAGGCGAAUAGCGGGUUUUAAAAACAUUUCUCAUGUAUAUUUGUUAUUUUAGAGCAGCAAUGAUUGGAAGCCCUUUGUUCCUUAGAGGAUUUCUUGCAACUCAAUGAAUUUGUGUUUUGUAAUGCUUUGUUUCUAGCUUAUGGUAACAUACAAUGCAAGAAUCAUUGUGUGAUUGUUCCUGAGAUUAUUAGUCCAGUCAGGAGC